CUGAGUAUUGGGGAGAAGUGUAUAGGUGUAAUUUUCCAUUUUCAUCGCUCUCCAGGGCCUUCACUGCUCAAGUUUGGACUUUUCGGGAGAAGAAAUCAUCAUCGGAUUGGAGGAGAUGCCUAAAAGGUGCUGCUGAUGAUCGUUCAUCACUUUUAGGUCCAUAUGCUGAUACUUCUGGUGGCUGUUACGAUUCGUCGUCGAAUGCGUUCAUUUGGGAGUUGGUGAAUACAUUAUGCUUGUGGGCUAUGUGAAUAUAGACCCGUGAGCUUAACAUAGCUGAUGAAGGUUAUUGCGUACUUAAUCUUUCUGGCCUACUCACCGCCUACAUGGGCGAGUCUGGUUGCUGGUGCCUUAGUCCUUAUCUCUCUUUCCCUUUCAAUUUACCUUCUAUUCGAGCACCUCUCAGCGUACAAGAAUCCCGAGGAGCAAAAGUUUUUGAUCGGAGUAAUUUUAAUGGUUCCAUGUUAUGCAAUUGAAUCGUUUGUGUCGUUGAUAGAUCCAUCAAUUAGCGUUGAUUGUGAGAUACUGCGUGAUUGCUAUGAAGCCUUUGCCAUGUAUUGCUUUGGGAGAUACCUUGUUGCGUGUUUGGGCGGGGAAGAGAGGACUAUCGAGUUUAUGGAGAGGCAAGGACAAAUGAGUUCUAAAACUCCUUUAUUAGAGCAUGCUUCUGAAAAGGGAACUGUAAAGCAUCCUUUUCCGGUGAACUAUUUCUUAAAACCGUGGAAACUUGGUGAAUGGUUUUACCAAGUUGUCAAGUUUGGAAUUGUUCAAUAUAUGAUAAUAAAAUCUUUUAGUGCUAUUUUAGCUGUAUUUCUUGAAGCUUUUGGUGUAUAUUGUGAGGGAGACUUCAAAUGGGGAUGCGGGUAUCCUUAUAUGGCAGUGGUUCUAAAUUUCAGUCAGUCUUGGGCUUUGUACUGUUUAGUUCAGUUUUAUACUGUUACAAAGGAUGAAUUGGCACACAUAAAACCAUUGGCCAAGUUUUUGACAUUCAAAUCAAUUGUAUUUUUAACUUGGUGGCAAGGUGUGGCAAUUGCUCUUCUCUAUGACCUUGGUCUGUUCAAAAGUCCUCUAGCUCAAGGCUUGCAAUUGAAAUCAAGCGUCCAAGAUUUCAUUAUUUGUAUAGAGAUGGGCAUUGCUUCUAUUGUUCACCUUUAUGUAUUCCCUGCAAAGCCAUAUGAGCUAAUGGGAGACCAUUUUCCUGGAAGCGUUUCGGUUCUUGGGGAUUAUGCCUCUGCUGACUGCCCUCUAGAUCCUGAUGAGGUUAGGGACAGUGAGCGACCAACAAAGUUACGUCUUCCACAGCCUGAUAUUGAUGUCAAGAGUGGAAUGACCAUCAGAGAAAGUGUUCGGGAUGUUUUCAUUGGCGGUGGUGAAUAUAUUGUAAAUGAUGUCAAGUUUACAGUAACCCAGGCAGUAGAGCCUGUGGAGAAGGGAAUCACAAGGUUUAAUGAGAAACUGCAUAAGAUUUCCCAAAACAUAAAGAGGCACAACAAGGAAAAGAGAAGAACAAAAGAUGACAGUUGCAUUUCCACGGCAUUGCCAAUAAGGAAGGUGAUCCGUGGAAUAGAUGAUCCUCUCUUGAAUGGGAGCAUUAGUGAUAGUGGGGUCUUAAGGGGAAAGAAACACCGAAGAAAAUCAGGGUACACUAGUGCAGAAAGUGGGGGUGAAAGCAGCAGCGAUCAAAGCUACAGUGGUUAUCAGAUCCGUGGCCAUAGAUGGGUAACAAAAGAUUAGUUGAGAGGAAACCAUUUUUGUCUGCAAAUUGGAGUAGGCCAGAAUGAUGUAAGUUUCUCGAAAGUAGGCUGCAUGAGAUAUGUGUACAGCAGCAUUUGUCUACCUCACAAAGGAUGGAUUUUGGUUAGAAUUGCUCUUGUUAAUGGAUUUGGUUGUGGAAUGCACAGGUUUGGUGCACCCAUGAUUCUUACAUUGUUGUUACUAUACACUGUUUUGAAAGUGUUGUGUAGAGAGAGCUCCUACAUAGAAAUUGGCUGGUUUUGAUGGCCAGUGUAUUGUUCAUGCGUAUACUUCUAUAUUUUGCCAUUGAAGGGUUAUUAUUCACAUUUUGCAUU